AUGGAAGUAGCACCACGCUCAGCACGCGUGGCAUGGGAUGUGUUCUCACGAGCAGGGCGACAGCGCAAGGUCAUCUAUCUCAUCAGGCACGCGCACACGUCCUUCUCUGCUCCGCCCACGCACAUCCCCUACCCUCCCGCGCCCAUACCCCUCGCGUCCCACCUCCCCCUCUCCCCCUCCGCCUCUCCUCCCCUCUCGCCACCCCACACCUCUCCGCCGCUGCUGCCAUGCCGUGCAUACCGCCAUCACCUGCACCGUGGCCAUGACGUGCCGCUCUCCCCUCUCGGCAGGCAGCAGGCUAUGGAUCUUCAUUCCACGCUCAUCCACAUCGCCCAAAAGUCGCAGCUAGUGAGUCUGCCGUUGCUAUUAGCGAGUGUUGUCUUCCAUCGUUUGAACUGCUGGUGUCACCACUCUCACGUGCUCUGGAAACUCUCUGCUAUGCCUUGCACCUCAACACUCCCGCCGCCACCACAUGCCACCGCAACCCCCCCUGCACCACCACCAGCAUUCCCCACCCACCAUGCUGCACCGCACCACACCCCUCCAACUCACCUCAUCAUCCCGUCAACUCACCUGCAAAGCCUUCGAACGCGCUUCACCAGUGUCCUCACGCACCCCACGGGCCACCACACGCCUACUCCAGUGCUGGCCGCCCUGCGACUACCACCACCACAGCACGUGGCUGGCCCUGGGGACAUGGGGCGAGAAAAGGAGAUACUCGCCUCCGACUUCCCGUUCCCCUUCCUCUCCUUCUCCCACCUCCCGCACCACUGGUGGCCCCGCCAACCGUCCUACCCUCCACCCACACCAUCCCCUGCACCACCGCCCUCCCCUGCACCGAUCACGGUCCCAUCACCAGCAGCAGCAGCAGCAGCAGCAGCAGCAGCAGCAGCUUCACCGUGUGCGGUAGCGGAACCGCCUAGGGCGCCAGCAUCCAGUCACCCAGCGUCGCCGCCAUCCUCUCCCCCGUGCACAGUCCCCGUGCCCUUCGCCCCCUCUCUGCCUGCCCCCUCCUCUGCUGCCAAAACGCCCUCCUUGCAUGAGCCCACAGGUGCGUGCCGCCCACAGGUGCGUGCCGCCCACAGGUGCGUGCCGCCCACAGGUGCGUGCCGCCCACAGGUGCGUGCCGCCCACAGGUGUGUGCCGCCCACAGGUGUCUGCCGCCCACAGGUGUCUGCCGCCCACAGGUGUGUGCCGCCCACAGGUGUGUGCCGCCCACAGGUGUCUGCCGCCCACAGGUGCGUGCCGCCCACAGGUGCGUGCCGCCCACAGGUGCGUGCCGCCCACAGGUGCGUGCCGCCCACAGGUGCGUGCCGCCCAGAGGUGUGUGCCGCCCACAGGUGUGUGCCGCCCACAGGUGUGUGCCGCCCACAGGUGUGUGCCGCCCACAGGUGUGUGCCGCCCACAGGUGUGUGCCGCCCACAGGUGUGUGCCGCCCAGAGGUGUGUGCCGCCCAGAGGUGUGUGCCGCCCAGAGGUGUGUGCCGCCCACAGGUGUGUGCCGCCCACAGGUGUGUGCCGCCCACAGGUGUGUGCCGCCCAGAGGUGUGUGCCGCCCAGAGGUGUGUGCCGCCCAGAGGUGUGUGCCGCCCAGAGGUGUGUGCCGCCCAGAGGUGUGUGCCGCCCACAGGUGUGUGCCGCCCACAGGUGUGUGCCGCCCAGAGGUGUGUGCCGCCCAGAGGUGUGUGCCGCCCAGAGGUCUGUGCCGCCCAGAGGUGUGUGCCGCCCAGAGGUCUGUGCCGCCCACAGGUGUGUGCCGCCCAGAGGUGUGUGCCGCCCAGAGGUGUGUGCCGCCCAGAGGUCUGUGCCGCCCACAGGUGUGUGCCGCCCAGAGGUGUGUGCCGCCCAGAGGUGUGUGCCGCCCAGAGGUGUGUGCCGCCCACAGGUGUGUGCCGCCCACAGGUGUGUGCCGCCCAGAGGUGUGUGCCGCCCAGAGGUGUGUGCCGCCCAGAGGUCUGUGCCGCCCACAGGUGUGUGCCGCCCACAGGUGUGUGCCGCCCACAGGUGUGUGCCGCCCACAGGUGUGUGCCGCCCACAGGUGUGUGCCGCCCACAGGUGUGUGCCGCCCACAGGUUUGUGCCGCCCACAGGUGUGUGCCGCCCACAGGUGUGUGCCGCCCACAGGUGCGUGCCGCCCACAGGUGCGUGCUGCUGCCUCCAGCAUGGGAGGGCGCGUGGGGGAUGGUGAGGUGGUGGGGGACAUGCAGCAUGCAUUACUUGCCCUCUUCCCCCCCCUCUCUGUCCUCCGAUAUCUCACACCAGCCAUCCUUCGCAAGCGCGUGGGGGAGUUCCGUCGUUUUCUCUUCGCUUGCCCCGAGGCCACCAUUGCUGUCAUUGGCCAUUCCACUUUCUUCAUGGAGUUCUUGGCAUCUCGGCGACGCAUGAAGAACUGUGAGAUUGUGAAGAUCUGCUUCUAG